AUGCCUGCUGAUACAGCAAUACGAAAAUAUCCACGCACUCGCUUGAAGAGGCUGAUUAGAGCCGUGGAAGCUCGCCUAGGCAGACACCGUUGCUUUUUCAGCGAAUGUCAGCCACGAGAUCAAAAGAAGGAAUCACAAUUCGAGGUCAGCAGGCUCUAUGCGAUCUAUGAGGUUGAACACUGGCCAGGCGCGUUCGCGCAGUUUGACUGGACACAGUUUGUCAUGGCGAACGUCGAACGCGACGCACUGCGCAUUGAGUGUGGUCGAAGUGCGAAACUGUCAUUACCCAUUCUCCCAGCAUCCGCCGUGCCGAUCUACCAGGACAUGUUACGACAGGAAAGUAACGACCUGGCAAGGAUAGUUGUCCACUCGGGCCAAGUCGCAGGGGCGGUUUUCAGAGGCCAAAUACGUACCUAUCCUGAGGAUGAUGUUCCAAAACAAGCACGCCGUGACGGUCCAGAUCAACAACACGGCUUGGUGCAGACCUCGUUGAUGCCACAGCUCUCGAUAUCUCCGAACAUGCGCGAAGCCCUCUCUGAUCUCAGUACCGAGCAGCUAGAGGAAUUAGUCUGCAAUGACCAAAUGUUUCGUGACGCCUGCGAAUUGCAUAAAAGAGUGGUUCAAAAAGAGCUGAGACAGAUGAGUCGCCUUUACCUGCGUUGUGUCGGUCGACAGCCUGGAAUGAACUUGUUGACAUGGCAGGAAGUCAUCUACGAAGCUAGAAAGAUGAUCAAGAUGACCUUCAUUGAGCAGUUGGAGAAAUGGCGGCGACAACGACCAGACGUACAGUUUGACUUUCAGGACUCGACGGGGACGAUCGCGGACCUCCAGCUGAGGUAUCUGAUCUCACGGGUUCAGCACCACGACCCUAUUCCUCCCCAGGCUUCGCGUCAGUUUCGAACAGAGCUCCAUCGUAAGCACCAGAUCGCCGCGAUGCUGAGGCAGCGCCAAAUCCUCCGGGAGUGGACCGCGGCUAUUGCGAAGCGGUCUAGCGUGCGCGACGGAGAGAGGUAUCGGAAAGAAGGGAUCAGCAUCAUGGACAUGUGGACAGGCGGGGUCGAGGACUAUGAGGCAUUCGACGAGCGAAACAGGAAGGAGAAUACACUACUUACUGCCGCCAUUUUGCCUAUGGCGACCCAGCUCCGCCUUCGUACAUCCGGGGCUCAAGAACAGGUCCAAGCUGGAAGCUGCGGACAGGGAGAGCAGCUGGACUCGGCGGCGCCAUCCUCUCAACAAGAACGAGAAUAA